AAAUAAGUCAUUUUUAGGUUUGAAUAAUGUUCUAAACAAUGAAACAAUUUUUACUUAUAUUAGUUAUAGUUGUAUUAGUACCAUGUGUAAAAAAUGCAAAUAUUUUAACUUUGUUGCCAUUGGCAGGUAAAAGUCAUCAUGUUAUGUUUGAGAGAAUUGUUAGAGGAUUGGCAAAUAAGGGACAUCAAGUUGAUUUUGUGAACCAUUUUCCUCUUAAAAAUCCACCACCAGGUUAUAAUGAUAUGAGCCUAAAAGGCACACUCAAGAUAUUUGUCAACAACUUAACCAUAAACGAAGUCCAAUUUAAGACUCACCUGGACACAAUGGACUUCAUGCUGACAGCUGUUGGUGUGAAAACAUGCGAAACACUUUUUCAAAGCGACGUGCUUAAAAAUUUGAGAAACACAACUAAAAAAUACGAUUUAAUAAUCACAGAAGUUUUUACUGUGGACUGUAUGAUAGGAUUCGCCCAUAUUUUUAAAGUGCCCGUUAUAUCCCUAACAACCAGCGUGAAUUUACCAUGGGGGUCGGAUAGGUUUGGACUUCCAGAUAAUCCUUCCUACAUCCCGAAUUAUUUUAUGGAUUAUUCACCCAAAAUGACUUUGUAUGAACGAUUUUGGAACACGGUCUAUCUUAUCAUAUCAAAACUUAAACAUUAUAAUGGUAAUAUUGAAAUAUACCAAGCUUCUAAGGAUUUCUUUGGUGAAGAUUUGCCAAGUUUGAAUGAUUUAAUUUAUAAUACAACAUUGCUGUUUGUUAACAGCCAUUUUAGUUCGAACCAAGCCAGACCAACCGUUCCAGGUUUUAUUGAAAUCGGUGGAGUACACAUAAACGACCCCAAACCACUUGACCAGCACUUUCAAGAACUCCUCAAAACGGAGUUGGAUGGUAUAAUAUAUCUAUCGAUGGGUUCCAUGAUAAAAACAGAAUCAUUUCCAAUAGAAAAAAUACAGGCUAUGUUUGAUGUCUUCGCUGAAUUACCUUACAAGGUUAUAUGGAAAGCUGACGUGGAUCAGUUUCCGAAAGGAGUUCAAUUUGCUAAAAAUAUACACUUUAAAAAAUGGAUGCCUCAGUUGGAUAUCCUAUGUUCUUCAAAAGUGAACUUGUUUGUGAGCCAUGGAGGAUUGAUGGGUUCUCAAGAAGCAGUAUAUUGCGGAGUACCCAGAUUGGGUAUACCCUUAUUUGCAGACCAAGAGUUGAACAUCAGGCAGGCGGAAAAGAUGGGGCAGGCAAUCAAAGUUGACUACAAUGAAAUUUCCAAACAAAAAAUCCUUAAUGCAGCUAAGGAAUUAUUGUACAACCAAAAAUAUCAACAAAAUGCCAAAAAAUUCUCAGUACUCUUUAAAGACAGACCAAUGUCUGCUUUGGAUACGGCUAUAUAUUGGACAGAAUACGUCAUAAGGCAUAAAGGCGCGCCUCAUUUGAAAAGUCAGGCAACUGAAUUGUCUUGGUAUCAGUAUUUCUUGCUGGACGUAGCUUUAAUCUUCUUAAGUAUAUUGUUUUUCACGAUAUAUGUUCUAGUGAUGUUUGCUAAGUUGUUACUUUUAUUGGUAGGAUCAAAACCAAAGAAUAAAAAAGACUAAAUAUUAUCAUAUAGGUAGUAAUA